AUGGACGCAGAAAGAAAAAUAAACUUAUGCGAAGGAGUGCCUCUUAAUUCACCAGGUGCGGCGAAUAUUUUUUUAAAUACUACUAGUAAAAAUAGAAAAGAUAACGAUGGAACUGUCAUACAUUUGAAAACAGAGAAACCGGCGGACGUCGGCGUGCAUAUAAACACGACAUUCUCUAUAGCGUCUUCCAAGAAAAUAAAGCUUUUGUUCAUAUUGAACUUCUUACUUAGCGUUAUUUGUAUGAUAAUAAGUUGUUCAGUGGCAUUCUACUACUGGAAUGAAAUGAUAUCAAUGAGGAAGCAAAUAGAAGUUGUCAGAGAGCAGUUUUUAAUUCAUAAUUUUAAAAAUGGUGUAGUUGAACAGGAUAGGCCUGAGCAUAGUGCACUGGUGUCAAACUUUAGGCCUCAAGUAAGAGGAGAGACCCGCGAGCCUCGUAUGAACUAUCCCAAGGAGGAUAUAUCUCCAAAUGCCAGACGAUACUAUGUGGAGGACCUUGGAGAAGACAUGUUGCUUGUUGACUCAAGUAAAAAAGAUGCAAAGCAAGAUAAAACACCUAUUUAUGAUAUAUCAGCAUUCAGAAAAGAACCAGUGGUUGCACAUUUUAAUGGGGCCAUGCAAGAGGUCAACAUUGGAACUGAUGCUAUCGUCGGGCCGUGGCAGCGCGACGUGGAGGCGUCCUCCAAAGACAGCGAGAACAAAAUCGAGCUGAACAAAAACUAUGUCACUAUAAAGGAAAGCGGUCUAUAUUUAGUUUAUGCCCAGGUGGUGUACCUGACGCACGCGCCGAACUGCUACUUCGUGUGGGCGCGUGCGCCUGCGCAGGAGCCGCGCAUGCUGAGCGCGUGCGCCACCGGCGACGACUCGAGCGGGCGGCCGCUCGACAAGUCGCAGAUGUCCUGCGCCACGCAGACGCUCGCGCGCCUGCGCAAGGGCGACACGCUCAACAUCGCGCAGCGCGAGCGCAACCGCACGCUCUGGCUGCGGCCCGGCUUCACCUACUUCGGCCUCAUCAAGAUCGCCGAC